UGUUGCUCUCGCAGGUUGGACCGUCUACAGCGGUACUGAAGAUGGGAGGCAGUGGACAGAUGCUCUACUUACCCAGAAGUCUCACUAUACGGCCCUGAUUUGUUAUUUAUACCUUGUCUGGAACCAGAUUGACCCAUUUGGGCUACGUUGCUACCAAAGGAAGCAGUUGGGGGCAGGGUGAAGCCGAGCUGAAGUGGCCUCAUCAAGGCUUGGACCCUGGCGCCGUUUAUUGUCAACAAGGAGACACUUCAGCUGGCAACAGCAGCAGCGUCUGAUGACGAGGUUUGCUGGCUGCUUUUUUGUGAUUUAGAGGAACAGAUUUGAAGCCUGUCUUGUGCGAAGUUUGAUGAGGAUUCUUGGAAAAACCUGCUUGAAAAGGUGGCUGGAGUAACCUCUUUUGACUGACUCUUAAACAGCUUGGUGUCCAUCUCUACAGGAUGUUUGCUCCAUUUAUUUCAAGAGGACUGAACAUUGAAUUUCUGUCCAAGAAAGGGUAAAAAGCCACACCAAUUUUUUUCCUGUGUAAUCAAGCAUCACCCUUUUCAACCUUGUCGUGACAGGAUACACGCACAGCAGCAUCAGUGGCCUUGAAUCCGGGUAUCAGGUUAUAUCAGUCUGAUCCAUCUAGGUAAGGCUACACCAUACCGGGAGUGUGACACUGAAAUACGCUGCAGCUCAACAAUUGGCUUUCUGGAUUUGAACCAGAGCUGAAGGCAAAGAAACACUUCAACCAAAAAGGGAAAAAAAAAGACCUGGCUGAGAUCCAUUUCAUCCACAAGGCCUGGAGACUGCGGAGCCUGAUCGAUCCUGCUACUGCGGGCUGCCACAGGUGGCUGCACAGCUAUCAGCUGCUCAAUAAUGCAUUGACUCAAACUGAGGAAUGAAAAGAAGGAGAAAGUGCCUCUGAUCCUCUGAAAAGGUGGAUGACUGUCGAGGGAAAGCAAGUGAUUACUUCUGGGCAACGGCGAAUUGAGGGCACGUGGAAGUGAAAAGUGAGCAGAUGUUGAAGAGGAAAAGAAAAAGAGAAGAAAAUGGAUGCUGAUAAAGUGGCAUUGGGGCAAAGACCGUAGGAAGCCUGACAGGAAGGGAACAAGUGAACAGAAGGACUUUUAAGGCAACGAACAAGGAAAACAAACGAGGCAACUUUUACAGACAAAGGUGAACCAGUAAUUCAUCAGACAUUGGUCUAAAACAGUGCUGUCAUCAUGGUGAACACUGGCAUGCAGCUGAUCAGCUUCACGUGUGCGGUGACUGGCUGGAUCAUGGCGAUCGCCGUCACGGCCUUGCCUCAGUGGAAGGUCUCAGCCUUCAUCGGCAGCAACAUUCUGACCUCAGAGAUCAAGUGGGAAGGCAUCUGGAUGAACUGUAUCUACCAGACCACUGGCCACAUGCAGUGUAAGACAUACGACUCCAUGCUGGCCUUGCCUCCAGACAUCCAGGCGGCCCGCGCCCUCAUGUGUCUGGCCAUCUUCAUGGGCUGGCUGUCCUGCACCGUGUCCUGCUGCGGCAUGAAGUGCACCACCUGUGCCGGCGACGACCGCCGGGCCAAGGCGGGCAUCGCACUCUCAGGCGGGGUUCUCUUCAUUCUGACAGGUCUGUGUGUGCUGAUUCCAGUUUCCUGGACUGCCAACACCGUGGUCCAGGAUUUCUACAACCCCAAUGUGCCGCUGAUGCACAAAAGAGAGCUGGGGCAGGCUAUUUAUCUGGGCUGGGCUUCUGCGGUUAUUCUCAUGAUCAGCGGAGCUGUGUUGAGCAGCACCUGCCCCCUCAUGGAGAGGGGCGGCAGGUACCGCAGGGGCUACAUAGGCCGAAGCUUUGCUAAUUCACCCGCUUCAGCGCCAGAUCCCCCAAAACCUAUCACGUCUAACAGUGUACCAUUAAAGGAGUAUGUGUAGGAAGUGGAGGAAGGAACAGCAGCAGGUGGAGACGAAGGAGGUUAAACUCUGGUUCUUUCCUACAUUUACCUUCUCAAGGUUUAAGUCUGUGAAUUUUAAGCUAUAAAUUUAAAUAUAUAUUUAUUAAUAUAUUCACCUUAUAUAUUUUUUGUAUAUCUCUUUGUAAUGUUUAACUUGUCUUUGGUACUUUGACUUUUGUUUGAAGUUUUAUUGCACUGUGAUUCAUGGUAGUGCCUGAAAAAAGCCCAUUGCCUAUAUUGUCAAAUCAAAAAGGAUGACUGUUAUGAUGGCUUUAAUGAUGGCUCAUGUUGUGAAGAUUGCGGUGAUUUCUUAAGCAGUUAUUCUCUGACAGUGUCAUUACCUCUCCAUUUGUCACAUAAAGCCUCUGAGUGUGCCUACACUGGAAGUG